UGCUAUCUGGAAUCCUUGGCACGUCCAUUGACGUUGAUAUUUAAAAUGGUCUCUGUAGGUAAGCGUUAUGGUUAGGUAAAAGGGUAGGGACGUCCCAAGGAUCCCAGAUAGCAACGUUUGGUGCUGCUGCGUCAUCAGAAGCAGUCUCACGCAUGCGUCUCUGUGAGCUUAAGCGGUCGAAGUGUCAGCAGCUAGGUACAGGCAGCGGCAAAAGAAAACCAGCUACAGUCCAGUGCUAGCCCCGACCACCGCAAGGACACAGGGCACAUGAACAGUAGAAUGGCUGCGUCUUCGAGCAGGGUAAUGCUGGGGCCACUCGUUGCUGCCAUUGACCAGGGUACGAGCUCGACGCGGUUCCUGGUGUUCAAUGCUAAAACAGCCGAGCUCCUCAGUCACCACCAGGUUGAGAUCAACCAGAGUUUUCCCAAGGAAGGGUGGGUGGAGGAGGAUCCCAAAGAGAUCCUGCAGUCUGUGUACGAGUGUAUGGAGAGAACCUGUGAGAAACUCACCCAGCUCAAUAUUGACAUCUCCAACAUCAAAGCCAUUGGAGUGACCAAUCAGAGAGAGACCACGUUGGUUUGGGACAAAGAGACAGGCGAGCCCCUCUACAAUGCUAUCGUGUGGCUGGACCUGCGGACCCAGUCGACCGUGGAGCGUCUGAUCAACAAGACACCUGGGAGAAACAAGAACCAUUUGAAGCACAAGACUGGUCUCCCAAUCAGUACGUACUUCAGUGCUGUGAAGCUUCGCUGGCUGAUGGAUAAUGUGGACGAGGUCGCUGAGGCAGUUCUGACACACAGAGCCAUGUUCGGCACCGUCGACUCCUGGCUCAUCUGGUGUCUGACAGGUGUCUUGGGGAAGAGUGGGGGAGUCCACUGCACAGACGUGACCAACGCCAGCAGGACCAUGCUGUUUAACAUCCACACCCUGGACUGGGACCCAGAGCUUUGCAAUUAUUUUGAUAUUCCAAUGGAGAUUCUCCCAAAAGUGAGGAGUUCCUCAGAAAUCUACGGCUUAAUGAAAUCGGGCUCUCUUAGUGGCAUACCCAUCUCAGGGUGUCUUGGGGACCAAUCGGCUGCUCUUGUUGGACAGAUGUGCUUUCAGGAAGGGCAGGCCAAAAACACAUAUGGAACUGGCUGCUUUCUACUCAGAAACACUGGAGCCAAGCCUGUCAUGUCGGACCAUGGCCUACUAACCACGGUGGCCUACAAACUAGGUCGAGACAAACCUGCCUGCUACGCGCUAGAGGGCUCAGUGGCCAUAGCGGGGGCUGUGGUUCGCUGGCUGAAGGACAACCUGGGGAUCAUUCAGACUUCCACAGAGCUGGAGAAACUGGCAGCUUCAGUGGGCACGUCGUACGGUUGUUACUUUGUCCCGGCGUUCUCUGGUCUGUACGCUCCCUACUGGGAGCCCAGUGCACGAGGGAUAAUCUGUGGUCUGACUCAGUUCACUAACAAGAGUCACCUGGCCUUCGCUGCAUUGGAAGCUGUCUGUUUCCAGACUCGAGAGAUCCUGGAUGCGAUGAACCAGGACAGUGGCAUCCCUCUGACCCAGCUCCAGGUGGACGGGGGCAUGACCUCCAACAGACUACUGAUGCAGCUGCAAGCUGAUAUACUCUGCAUCCCCGUUGUGAAGCCCUCCAUGCCUGAGACCACUGCCCUGGGGGCGGCCAUGGCUGCGGGGGCAGCAGAGGGGGUCAGUGUCUGGAGCCUGCGUCCUGAGGACCUCAGUGAGGUCACCUCUGAGAAGUUUGAGCCACAAAUCAACCCUGAAGAGAGUGAGUUUCGAUAUGCUCGCUGGAAGAAGGCCGUACAGAGAGCCAUGAACUGGGAAACCACUGAACCCAUCUCUAAUGGAAAUGGUGAAACUAGUAUCUUCAGUAGUGUCCCACUGGGCUUUUACAUUCUGGGUAGCAUGUUAAUGUUAAUUGGAGCAAAAUACAUCGCAGGCCACAAGUAGACUGGGCAGUGGAUCAGAAGGGGCGGGUCCAGGAAAGGACACAUCCUGCUAUUCUUCAGUUUUCCCGGACCACUCCCUCCCCGUACCUUUGGUUGAAUGGCCAAAACACAAACGUUCCAUGUCAGCGCUCCAAUCCAACCGUUACCUGGGAACCCAACUGUUGGCCUGGAGCCCAGUGGCUGAUGGGAACUGUAGUGUGGAAUGGACCCAGUAUGAAUAAAUCUGGUGUUUAGGAAUGAUGUUGCUCUACAUCCUAAUGGACAUUGCUCUUCUUGUGUGACUGAGUGAAAUGGGGGGUGUAGUGACUGUGGGGUGGUGAAUAUGGGAUGGGUUGUGUAUGCAAUAUCUAUCCAUGUCAUUUUUGGUUCCUUGUUUUUGGUCAACGAUCAGUUUGUCAAAGGAUAUUCACUAAUGUAGUGCUAUUCACGGAACACAAUUCUUCCUUCUUUAAUCCAAAAACACAAUCUGUCAAUUGUAACAUUGCCCUACUGUCACACAUUCCUCAUUUCACUGUUGUGCUUGAACGAGUUCUCCCAACGUUAUCUUGGGUUCUGAGCGAGUUCUCCCAACGUUAUCUUGGGUUCUGAGCGAGUUCUCCCAACGUUAUCUUGGGUUCUGAGCGAGUUCUCCCAACGUUAUCUUGGAAAGGUAGCCUGAUGUUGGAAAGGGCCUCACAAUGAACUGCAAUGUGGGUUUCUGGAGCACGUUAGAUUUUGUUCUGGGUUUGUCUAGUAUGUAAAUGGUCUGAGAGAUGAACCUUUUCUAACCCUGUUUGGUUGAACCCACUGCCUGGAGAGCAGAACUUGAAUCUCGUGGCCCUAAGAAAUGGUAAUGCAGGGUUAUUGUAAAGGACCAGUCUUUGUGGUUACUUUCAAGUUGCCAUUUUUAUAGACAGACUGGUUAAGGAUGUAGUUGCCCAUAUGCACUGAUUUGGGGGUGGUUAGUGUUCCCCUCUUAUGGAGGACUGGGGUAAGCUGAUCCUAGAUCUGUGCUCUGGGGCAACUUCACUUCUAAGUGAGAGUUUGUCCCAUUAUGGUACACUGUUCUCUAUGUAGAGUAUAACCUUUGACUGGGACGCAGCCUGAGUAAGGGACCCAUUGUAUAUGAUUUAAUGUACCAAAAAGAAAUGUCUCUAUGGCAACUGAAUACUACUGUAAAUUUGGCCAAUGGAUGCCUCGUCCAGAGUAAGCAUUUUAAACACAGUAAGUAAAAUAGAUAUGAAAGGUUUCAGGUUGGAAGACACACUUUAAAGGCUGGAUUCAAUCCAUGUCUUGGAAGAUCUGCAUUACAGCUGGUUGAGAUUUUAAAGGCGAUGUUUGGAGACUGUUCACGGUAUACGAUGACUCAAUCGCUAAUUGCCUUGAUAUGGAUUGAAUCCAGCAAGGCAGCACAAUUCUUGCUUCUGCCUAGUCUGACUACUGAUUUGAGUCUAAAUAUUAAAAGGAAGUCAAAUGGAGACCAGUAGUGUUCUUAAAGGAACUUUCAAGCCACUCGAGGGUUUCUAUUGUCAUCAGGUAUGAUUAUGCAUCUAGCUGACCCUGUACUGUGGACAUGUAUAUUUCUCAUGUGGUGUUUGAGAUGAACAACCAGUUGUCCAAAUGUCAGCCUGUACAGAUCUGCAUAUCAGGGUGAGGAAAAUGACAUUCAACUUCUAAUACAGCUGAUGAUUUUGAAAUUAACAUUUGAAUGAAAAGGAAAUAAAAUUGUUUAUUUUAGUA